UCUCUGCUUCACCUUGCCAACACCCAUAGUUCUUGCUGGCUUGGCGUGCUAAGACUACACCUUUGGCUUUUCUUUAGGGAGAAUUCGUGUUUGUGGAAACGUUGGGACUUCUGUUAUAUAGGUGGUGCAAUAUAUGAUGUGGUGCUGAUGCCUAUAUGGAGUGGACAACAUAUUCUUCUAAGUAUGUGAAGGUUCUCUCACAUUUCGACAAUGCCAAGAAGACGUCUCACUUCGCUCAAGACGAUAACGGUGCAGGAGACGGCACGGCUGUCACUGAAUGCCAUCGAAAACAUAUUAUUGCACGAGCGGGAAGAAGACAUAAAUUGGAGAGAAUGGGUCGGUCAUUGCAAAAGAAAACGUAGUUACUCUUGCGGAGAUGAGGAGAGGGGAAACUCGUCCAGAAAGAAAAUGCGAUUUGAAAAAUUUGAGAAAGAUUUAGGAAGCGGUAAUAAAAGAAAAUGGAGCUCAGAAGACGUUGAAGAUGACGAAAUGAUACAUCAGAGAAAACGGAUAAGAUUAGAAAACUAUAGUGAGAAAGGAGACUUAUGUCAAACUGGCACAUGUUUGAACAAUAAACGAAAUAAAUUUAGAGACGAUACAUGUGUGACAUACUCGACCUCCGAUCUCCUAUUCAGUGUCAUUAAGAAAUACUUCCACAGCAUGCCCUCGACUCUGUGGAAUGAUUAUGCCAAGAUACUGAUGGACGAAGCCGUCAAGCGCAUCCGUUAUCGGGAUGAAGGAAAGAAAUAUUUUGAGAGGAUAAUGGACUACGCUUUCUGUGGGAAGCUGACGCGGUGUUCAACGUCUGCGAUCGAAGGCUGCUCAUCUGGCCUGGAGGAGACUCUCUACAGGAAGCUGCGUUGCUGCAGAAAGCUCGAGUCUCUGAACAUGACGAUCGCGCCGCGGAACGACGCCGGACUGAGCACAGCCAUCCUGAGUCUACAGCAUCUACAGCACCUGGUGACCCUGGCUCUCCUGCCUCCCACGAGGUACUCCUUCCACUGGGCUGUUAAGGUCGUAGGGCGACACUGCCUUAAUCUUCGGGAAUUGAAAAUUGUCUAUAACGGCGAUCUUUUCAGCGAAGGUGAAGGAAUCGCUGAUUUCCAGCGCUGCCGCAGCAUCACUUCCCUUUGGCUGUUUAACUUCGGGCGCCUGUGUGAGACGAAAGGCGUGUGUUGCCUCCUGCGGUCUCUGACUGACCUGAAGGUGUUAUUUCACAAAGAACUUCCUAAUGCGAUCCUUGAAAUGACCAGCGGCAGACGGGAAGGCAUGUUGCAGGGAUCUCCAGGCGAGGAGUAUGACGGUGCGAGUGCAGGUGCCCAGCCGGCCACGGUGAGGCAUCUCGGACUGGAGAGAAUAGACCUGUGUUGGUACGAGCGAGGCACUGGCUACCAGCUAGUCUACAUACCGUCUUCGUUCUUUCUUCGCAUUGCUCAGACGUGUCCGAGAAUCAAGUUAUUAAACCUUAUCGGCCCUCCGUGCCUCUCGGAGAUCGUCCAGAGGCUGCCACAGUUACGAGUGCUUGUCCUGCAGCAAGCUAGUCUCGCCUCGAGUCUCGGCUCGACCCUGCAGGACGUCGACGUCAGCGCCCUGACAGUGCUGCGUGUGUCGGACGUGUGGGACGUCAGCCAUGACUUGGUGUCAGCCAUUGCCCGCAGCUGCCCAGGCCUCCAAGUCCUCAGCGUGACCUCCUCCAGCCUCGAGGCCAGAGGCCACCUGGUGACUCCCCCACGACGCGCCCCCUUCCCGUCCCUACGCGAAGUGACGCUCGUACCCUCUGCCCUGGCCGGCCGCCCCGCCCUCAUCUCCCCCUCCGUGUGGCAGCUGGGCGCCUCUCUCACGCGCUACGUCUUGGCCGGCGCCCCCCGCCUCGCCUCCGUACACCUCCACUACAAAGACUCCGACGUCGCUCCCGCGGACAUGCCCUCCGAGCCCGACCUGGAGGCCGUGCUGUGCCGCCCCGCGCUCCGUGAUCUCACCCUCGAGUGGCCUCCCGCGGCCUCGCCGACGCUGGUGGAGAGGCUGGUGGAGGCCUGCCCCGCCCUCACCUCCCUGGCGGCCAUCACCACCUGGCCGCUCUCACCACGCCAGUGCGCUGACGUCAUCGCCUCGUACGGACGUCGUAUUGAUAUCACGUAAUGCGCAAUCCGCGGCCUCGGAUCCUCUCGUGCGAGGUCCGCUGGCUCUCAUUAGGGUAGCUGGAUCUUCCGUAUUAUUCCUCUGCAUUUAUAUCUAGAACCUGUUAUUUUAAAUAAGGUUGUAAAAAUCAUUGUAGAGAACAAGUGAUAAAGUGUGAUUU